AUGCAAAACCUUUUGCCAGAUUCCAAAGCAACGACUUCAUUUGACAAUAGGACAAGUCGUGGGGGACACAGUCAAAGGGUCCCAAUUUUCAACGAUGAAUUUCAACAUGCCGACUUGGUGAUCCGUGGACGACCACCCAAUGUCCAGGUCGAUGCCUCGUCUGCAUCUCUGGGAUCCAGCUCGUUUCACCACGGCUUCUCCAUUGAUAGAGUUUCCUCACAAUGGACAAGAUCAACCUGGUCUACUGCCGGGCAACAUGGCCGCAUCCAAGAGAUCGAUGACGAAGACGAAGGCGAACCCGAGAUCAAAGACGAGGUCGAGGGUCAAGUCCACGAGGUUACUCCUCUGAUCUACCUUGACGAGUGGCAGAGCGAUCCUUUCUCAGCCCUCCCUUCUGAUUUACCGAAACAUGUUCUGGCCGAACAGAUGCACCAAUCCAAAACAUGUCUACUGGAGAUGGUCACCAACCGUUCAGCGGAUUCGUACGGUCCGCACUUUGCUGGCAAUAUCCUCAAUCUCGCUGUCAACAAUACCACUUUACUGUACGCCAUGAUGUAUGCGGGGAUGAUGUUUGCCCGCACUGCAAGCAAUCAAACGACACCUACGGUCUUGGAACUUCAAUUCGGUACUCGCGCCAUUCAGAUGCUCAGUCAACAGCUCAGGUCUCCCGUGACUGCUGCCACUGAGGCUAAUGUCUGGGCCGUGGUGGCUCUGGGCUAUUGCGACAACUUUAUUUCAUUGAGGCCUGGCAGGCUUCCGCGGCAGUCGUUCCUGAAGGAGCUUCAAUCUCUGCAUAUCUACGGCAGGAUGACGGUCAACCUCGCACAUAUCCAGGGUUUGAAUCAGCUGAUUCAACUCCUGGGCGGGCUCGAUAAGAUCCGCACGCCUGGGAUUGCUCAAGUGAUUUCCUUUGCGGACUUAUUCGAAUCGACCCGCUACCUUUUACGGCCAGGUCUGCCUUGCAUCUUUCAUACUCGGACAUUCAUAGUUAAUGAUCGUCUCUCGGUAAGUUCGCAAGAGAGAAGAUGGGCUGAAAAGGCGUUGGGACCACUGGGAUCCUCCUUCCGAGAAAUAUGGGGUACUUCUUCGCCGUUACCGGUUCAAAAACUCUGCGAAGUCAUCCGAGACGCAUGCGAUUUUACCAUUGUUGUGGAAAACUAUGUUGAAGGGAGAUGGGUUCCGAGACUGCCUGCCGAGCUCACCGAUCAACGAAACUAUGUCCAUCACAAGCUGAUGAGCCUGGACAGCGAAACCGAAAUCGCUGAACGCGGAGAGUGGUUGCACGAUCAACAUUAUGAACCUUGUCGACUGGCCUGCAUCGCCUACAGCUUUCUGGUCAUUUUCCCAUUCCCUCCCAUCUUUGGGUUAUUUGAGAGACUAGGAAGUCGACUUCAGAAGUCCAUUAUGAGCAGUUCGCUCAGGUUGGAGGAACUUGGUCGCACACGAAAGGAGCUUCAUCUCUGGAUUGUGGUCAUGGGAGCUAUCAUAUGCACCGGACUACCUGAACGAGCCUUCUACAUCCGAGAACUUUCUCAGACCUUGAAACUGUUGAAGGUGAGCUCCUUUGACAGUCUGGUUCGCAUCUUGCAGACGUUUCUGUGGCAUCCCAAGACCAGCAAUUACGAUGCAAUGGACCUCUGGCGGGCAUUGAAGCUCGACGUCUGAUAGGGUCGUCAAUAUUGAUAUGGACG